UAUAGAUCCAUUGGGAAGUGCCUCUAGACCUGUCACUAGUUUAAAGCUGAUGGUGUUUAUUGGAGAUGCAGCUGAUGGUGUAGGUAGUUUAUAUGAGGAUGAUGGUGUUACUGAAGGUUAUAUUAAUAAUAACUCAUCUUCUUGUAACUUUUCUUACAAACAUGACACUUCAAAAGAGGAACUUACAGUAAGUAUUGGCCAAUUUGUUGGUACUUAUGAUGGCUCUCCAUCAAAAAGAAGCUACCAAAUUGUUAUUCCAAACUUCUGGCCAGCUGAGGAAGUCCAGCUUAACUCAAAUUCAUUAAGUUAUUGUCCAUUAAGAGGUUCAUUUGAUGAAUAUACCAGUGACUGCUGGACUUAUGAUGGGAGUACUCUAUCCCUCAUUGUUAUUAUUGUGACACCACAAGCUACUAGUGAUGCAGUGAAUGUCCAAGUAGCAUAUACACAGUUCAAUGUGUUUGAUCCAUACAAUAUCAAUAUCAAUAUCAAUGGAGAGUCCAAGAGUGUUGGAUUCACUGGUAUGGUGAGACGUCUUAGAAGCCUUAAAGAAUUACUUGAUAACCAGUGGGGACUUGCAACUCAAGUUUAUCAAGAAGAUUACAGAAGUUUGAUCGAUGCUUCUGAAGCUGGUAUUAGAAUAACAUACUCACCAACUGAUAUCGGAUCACUGAUCAAUGGAUUCAGGGAUAACAUAGAGGAUACAUAUAAUUCUGUAACUGAUCUGAAGCUUAAUUCAACUCUCAGAGCAAUACUUGAAGCACAGUUGACUUUAAAUUAAUCAAGCCUAUCAAGCCUUUUCUCAUUAUGCUGCUGCUAUAUAGUAACUUAUUUAUAGUGUGAAAUCAUUUCUCAGCUGUUGUUUAACAUUUUUUAUAAGCUAUCUUGCGGUUUGUUUCUACUCUACACACUAUUGUGGACAACUGGA